UCUGAUUUGUGUUUGUUUCUUAGGACAUUCUGAAAUUUCAGAUUCUUUCAAGACUCCUUUCAAAAUUAGAGCUAGCUCUCAUAAGAUCACCACUUGAUUUUGAUUUCCUUGAAUUUACAUGUCGUCAAGAAAUGUACCUGUGUCAGACCCUGUCAAGACAUGUUGAUGUGCCAACAACGAUCAUCCAGGCCCUGCAGGAGCUAUUUGCUCUUGUGAGGCAGCAAAUAGAACUCACUGCCCCAUCGACAGAAGUAACUACUGUGGCUGGAGGGACAGGGCGUCCAAGAUAUGACAUUGACAGGGAGACUUUGGCUGAGCUUUGUCAACUAAAUUUUUCAAAGCAGUAUAUUGCAAAGCUUCUGGGUGUUUCAUGUCGCACUGUCUGUAGACGAAUAAGAGAGUUUGGAUUUUCCACAAAAACACACAGCAACAUAAGUGAUCAAGAGCUUAAUAGUUUGGUUGUUCAGAUUAAAAAUGAAAUGCCCUCUGCUGGAUACCGAAUGGUCAAAGGUAGGCUACAAUCCAUGGGGAUUCAUGUACAAUGGAGAAGAGUUGCUGCUUCAAUGCACGAAGUGGAUUCGAUUGGAGUUCUCUCAAGAAUGUAUGGAUUGGGAUGUGUGGUACGACGCACAUAUUCUGUUAGAGGCCCCCUGUCUCUUUGGCAUGUGGACACCAAUCACAAAUUGAUAAGGUACAAUAUUGUCAUUUUUGGGGCAGUGGACGGAUAUUCUAGGAAGGUAAUGUGCUUAAACGCUGCAACAAACAAUCGUGCAUCAACAGCCCUUGGCUUCUUCAAGGAGGCAACUGAAAGAUAUGGUGUACCCUCAAGAGUCAGAGCAGACCAGGGGGUGGAAAAUGUGGAAAUCGCAAAGUUCAUGUUUUCAGUCCGUGGAACUGACCGUGGAAGCUUUAUGGCUGGGAAAAGCGUUCAUAAUCAAAGGAUUGAGCGUCUAUGGCGUGAUUUAAGGGUCUGCGUCACCUCUAAGUACUACGGGACACUACAAAGUCUGGAAAGAGACCACCUACUGGAUUUAUCCUCUGCCAACGACAUUUUCUGUGUCCAUUAUAUAUUCCUACCUAAACUGCAGGAAGACUUGAGAUUUUUUGCUGCAGGCUGGAACCACCAUCCGCUAAGUACUGAAGCAAAUUUGAGCCCAGAGCAGAAAUGGCACAUUGGUAUGAUGCAUACGCAGCUUGACCAGCCAGAGAAUCUUGAGGAUAUCCAAGAGCCUGAGUUUGACUGGGAAGUUGCAGCAGAACAUGAUGGUGUAGAUGUGGAUGGUGCAGUAUUGGUCCCGGAGUUCGAAUGUCCGUUGAAUGAGCAAGAACUGUCAGAACUUGGCACUCUUAUUCGCCAAAGUGAUCCUAACACACCACCUACAGACCUUUAUGCAAUCUGCCAUGAAUAUGUGACUGGCAGAUGCAACAUAUAGCAGUGUUUUGUUUCAACUUUACUUUGAAUUUGUAAAAAGUUUAUUUAAUUAUUACUAUAAUUCGCAACUGCAGAUAAUCAUUUGCAAAUGACUCUGUAACAUUCUUAUAAUUUUAGAACCCCCACCAAAGUUUGGUAGUCUUUUAAUACUGUGGGAGGUAACAAUAAAAUAUUGGGAAAAAAUGCUUAUCUGAUGCUAAUUUUUUAUUAUACAUGAAAA